CCUCCCUCUCUCUGCUCGCCAGGCUGCUGACACACCGGGAGGACAGUCCGCACUCCGCGUCCUUGUCGUUGGACUCUAUAUGGAUGCCAAGCCCGGUCAACACAGAUACACGCGGGGAUACUUUAGUGGGAGCUGCAACCUGCGACCUCUUACAUGAAAACUGAGCAGCACUGAAGGAUCUUGAAGAGCCAGAGAUCGAGCGCUGGCCUUCGUUUGACUGUGUGACCAGCGAAUGAGCGAAUUGUUAAUGCGUCUCCCUGCAUGCCACUCCCACAUCGCUAUGAACUGUGAGCAGGAUUUCGGAGACGGGGGCUUGGGAGUGACCCUCACACUACGACUGCUCAUGCAUGGGAAGGAGGUUGGCAGCAUCAUAGGAAAGAAAGGAGAGACUGUGAAACGAAUACGAGAAGAGAGCACCGCCCGGGUCAACAUCUCCGAGGGAUCGUGUCCCGAGAGGAUCAUCACCAUCACCGGCUCCACAGACAGCGUCUUCAGAGCCUUCACCAUGAUCACAUACAAACUGGAGGAGGACCUGACUGCACUGGUGGCCAACGGCACCAUAAGCUCCAAGCCACCAGUCACCCUGCGGCUGGUCAUCCCUGCCAGCCAGUGUGGCUCUCUCAUCGGGAAGGGAGGGGCCAAGAUAAAGGAGAUCAGAGAGAGCACCGGAGCUCAGAUACAGGUGGCAGGGGAUUUGCUGCCCAACUCCACUGAGCGAGGGGUGACGAUAUCUGGGAAUCAGGACUCGGUAAUCCAAUGCGUCAAACUCAUCUGCACAGUAAUCCUGGAGUCUCCACCGAAGGGUGCCACCAUCCCCUAUCGACCGAGCCCCUCACCAGCUGCUCUCCUCAUUGCGGGAAACCAGGUGUUUGAGGCACCAGAAUACGCACCCCAGCCUCUGUACUGUACCCAGGGUGGCCUGGACCUCCAGCAGGCCUACACUUUGCAAAACCAAUACGGCAUUCCACACUCAGAGCUGGCCAAGCUACAUCAGCUGUCGAUGCAGCAAGGCCUGAGUCCUAUUGCCCAGCCUGCUUCGACUAUCAUACCUGGUAUGUAUGGAGGUUAUAAUAGGAUGGACUCAAACUCUCAGACAUCUCAGGAGCUGCUUAUUCCCAAUGAUCUGAUUGGCUCGAUCAUCGGCCGUCAGGGCUCCAAGAUCAAUGAGAUCAGGCAGGUGUCAGGAGCUCAGAUCAAGAUCGGCAGCCAGCUGGACGGGACAAGUGACCGCCACGUCACCAUCACAGGAACACCGGUCAACAUCAACCUAGCCCAGUACCUCAUUACCUCCUGUUUAGAGACGGCCAAAUCCACAGCGCAGGCAGCCACCAUGGCAACUCCGGUCGACCUCAACAUGGCCUUCACCCAGCCGGCCUCCCCAGCUGCCUCCCCCACACCCACCCUGACGGCUGUGGGCGCCCUGACCCCGGCUCAUCAUAUGCUCGGUGCCCCGUACGGUGCCAUGCCCAUCUCCGGCCUGCUGGGGAUGAAGUCUGUCCCCUUCCUGACUCUGUCCAGCCCUGCGCCCACCAUGGCUGCCACCGCAGCGCCCUCCCACGCCACUCUGGCCGCCUACACCGCCAAAAUCUCCUCAGCCAACUGCAUCAAAAAGCCGGAGAGACAGAAGUUUGCGCCCUACUGACGUGGCCUCUUAUGUCCGGAGAGACCGAUGAAGAAUCGCUGUGCAGUGUUCUUCCACAAAACGCCUGAUGUAGCCACGUCCGCUGGCAGAGAUGCUCUUGACUUUUUAUCUUUGAUGCACCAACAGAGAAGAGACCAAUGGAGAUGUGGAUAAAGCUAUUCAAGAAAAAAAAAACAUAUUUACAGUUAUAGAUGAGUUGUGAGUUUCCCAUGAUUUGAUGGACUGCUUUCAUCGUCACCUCAUCACUGAUAUUGAUCACAAAAAAAAUAAAAAGGCUGGAACCUCACCUGAGGAAUACAUGUUAAAAUAACACGUGUAUCUCAAGUUAGAGAUCAGCUAUGAGUAUUUAUCCUUCAAUGAAUUUGUAAAUUAUACUCAGAUGAUAAAUGCUCUACUGUACGAUGCUUUUAUACUACGUCUACGUUUGCCUCAUAAAAGUUUUUAAGAAAAUUUUUAAAUGUCGGGGAGGGGGGGGAAUUUUUUAAUAAUCUGUGCUAUGGUACUGUACUGUUCAGUGUUAUGUUCAUUUUGUUGGAUUUUCUUUUGAAUGAGCAAGUUGAUUAAUCUUUAUUUAUUAGUAUUGUUUCAUUUAUUAAAAGUCUUUGUUUCCUGA